AUGGACGCGGACGCGCGAGCUAGCGCUGAGGCUGCAGAGAAGCAAUGGGACGACACAUCGGCGCCAAGUGUAGACAUGAGUGAGCUGGGGGGUCCGUUUGAAGGCCCAGAGAAGCUUUUGGAGCUUUGGUUCGCGCCGAAUGUUGAUGCUUUGCCGGAGUGCCAGCGCGCCAUGGCAGAACGGGGCGUGAGGCUGGGCGGACGACUUGGGCUUCGACGCGUGCCGAAAAGUACCUGGGAAGGCAUGUUGGACCUUGUCAAGUGCAAGAUCCUCAGUGUAGAGACAAGCGCCGAAGUGGAUGCAUACCUGCUUAGCGAGUCGUCCAUGUUUGUAUACCCUCAUAAGCUGAUCUUGAAGACGUGUGGCACGACGACACUCCUAUUCGGACUGGACCGCUUGUUACGCAUUGCGAAAGCCACCCUGUUUGAUGAAGAAGCGCUGUCCCUGCAAGCAUCGAGCGUAUCGAGCACCAUGAUCGCGAAUGCCGUCGCUGGCGACGCAGACUGCAAGAUUUUGGGUGGUUGUGUGCGCCACUGCUUCUACAGCCGUAAAAGCUUCAUGUUUCCUGAAAAGCAGCAAGGACCGCACCGAGACUGGAUGCUUGAGACGCGGUUUUUGGAUCAGUACUUUGACCACGGCGCAGCGUACACGGUGGGGAAAAUGAAUGGGAACCACUGGCUCUUGUACAUGGCGCAGGGCGUCGAUAUGGAGGCGGAGACUGAGGCGAAGAAAGAAGCUGAGCUCGAGCUCCAGAGUACAUCGGCACCGGCGAUCGCGCGGCGUAGCCUGCCUGACACGGACUUGACACUCGAGAUCCUGAUGACGGAGCUUUCACCCAAGGCUUGUGAGCCGUUCUUUUUUGACGCCAAAGACAGCACGAACAUUGAGUCGGCGCACAAGCUUGGGCGUGAUGUAUCGGCAAAGCUAGGGCUCUCGUCUCUGUUUGCGGAUACGCAGCUGGAUGCAUUUGCGUUCGAGCCGUGCGGAUACUCAGCGAAUGCGCUUGUGUCUGCGACACCGCACCACUCAGCAGGGUACUGGACGGUGCAUGUUACGCCGGAAGAGGCAUCGAGCUACGCAUCGUUCGAGACGAACGUGCAUUUGGACUGUGACGGUGCGAUCCAGGAUGCUCAUACGCACGUCACGAAUGUGCCAGAACUGGUGUCUCGGGUCGUGGACAUCUUUCGGCCAGGCAACUUUACGCUCACACUGUUCAUUUCUAUGGACCAUGCUGACAGUGCAGCGCAGUUGCGCUCGUUGGAACUGCCCCACUAUACUAAGAGCGACCGAAUUUUGUACGAGUUUGAAGGGUACGAGUUGUUGUUCUUAUCGUUCCACCGCCGCAUGACACUGAACUAG